UUACUCUGGAGGCCUUUGCUGCCUCGCAUGGUGGGGGUGUAGGGCAGCAGGAGGUCAUGGGUUCACCCACCCCGCAUGCUCCCUCUGCACAAACUCGCAUUGGCUGAUUGCUUGUUGAUGUGCUUAUGGAUCCUCCCUGCCCCGACGUGGAUUCCUUAGAGGAACAGGCACUACUGCUUCACCUCAGAGCUAUGGAGGUCACCGAGCUGGGACGGUGGGUCCACCUGCAGACGCAGCAGGAGGUGAAGAUGCGGAUGAUGGGGAUGGCAAUGCGUGUGAUCCGCACCGACGGCUUCCUGGCUCUCUACAACGGGCUCAGCGCCUCGCUGUGCCGGCAGAUGACAUAUUCCUUGACUCGUUUUGCCAUCUACGAGACCGCAAGGGACCGCCUGAGCCAGGGCAGCCAAAGGCCUCCCUCCUUCUACCAGAAAGUGCUGCUGGGUGCAGUGGGAGGUUUCACUGGCGGGUUCGUGGGGACUCCAGCAGACAUGGUGAACGUCAGGAUGCAGAAUGAUGUCAAGCAGCCGCCCGCCCUGCGGCGCAACUAUUCCCAUGCCCUGGACGGCAUGUACCGUGUCCUCCGGGAAGAGGGCUUGAAGAAGCUCUUCUCGGGAGCUACAAUGGCAUCCAGCCGUGGGGCCCUCGUCACUGUUGGGCAGCUCUCCUGUUAUGACCAAGCCAAGCAGCUGGUUCUGGCGACUGGGUUGCUGUCAGACAACAUCUUCACUCACUUCCUGGCCAGCUUCAUCGCUGGUGGAUGUGCCACAUUCCUGUGCCAGCCCCUUGAUGUGCUCAAGACCCGCCUCAUGAACUCCCAGGGGGAGUACCGGGGUGUUGCCCACUGUGCCAUGGAAACCGCUAAGCUCGGCCCCCUCGCCUUCUACAAGGGCUUCGUUCCUGCUGCCAUCCGUCUCAUUCCUCACACCGUCCUCACCUUUGUCUUCUUGGAACAACUGCGCAAAUAUUUUGGGAUCAAAGUCAUCACCUGAGUAGGAGGGACAGGACCCACCCUCACCCCUGGGGGGGUGAGUGUGAGGAUCACCACUGAGAUCCUAGAACCCCUCUCCGCUGCCUGGGGCCAGCACCGCUCCCCUACUCCCAUCCCUGCUCCUGUGCCUUGCCAGUGCCUGUGGCCAGCCAGUCCCACUCCCCUCUCUUCUCACUGUUCUCAGCACCUCUGUUACCUCUGGGGUAUUCUUGGGCCUCUUGUCCCCUCUGCACUGUUGGUUUGGAGGUCUUUUUCUUCUCCUCUCACUGCUCUGCUGGCUGUGAGUUCUGCCCUUCCCUCCCUCUGCCCUGUCCCUCACGUGCUGCCGAGAGCAGGACUGCACUGUCCUGGGCAGGAGAGGGGUCUGGCCUUCCAGCUCCAGGGCUGCUCAAAGAGCCUGGGGGGCUGGUUCCAAGCUCCACUCGUGCCCAAGCUGCUGGGGACAGUGGGGUGCAGGGUGGGCUCCCAGCCUCUUCCCACAAACAGCCAGAGGAGAGGCAGAUUUAGUGCAGUGAGGUUCUGGCUUCCCUUAGUGCCUCCUCCGCUGGCCCCAGGGCAGCCUGGCAUCCCCACAUCGGCUGCUUCACGGCCUCCCAAACACCCCCUGCUUCUGCUCAGCCAAAACUCUCCAGCGCCCGACGGCUGCUGGGCUCUUCAGGGAUUGUGCCUCACACCAAUGAUGACUGAGAAAGGGCCCCGUGGGCGAGGGGCCAGGCUGGCAGCUGCCCCGCUGUCCCCCAGCGCCAGGCUGUCUGUACCCGAGGACCUGCUGCGUUCCCAGCAUCCACCGGAUCCGGCCUCGGGUGGGAGGGUCCGUCCAGCAUCACUCCGUGACCUCAUUCUCCCCGGAGCAGACCCCAACCUCAACAGCACACGGCUGCCUCGCCCCACGCUGCCCCCCACACUGGGGCUGUGGGCACCAGCCCCUCUGCCCUGUGCACCCCAUGCAUGGUGGCCCUGAGGGAUCAAAGAACUGGAAUAUCUGUGAUAUUAAUAUAUAAUAAAUAG